AUUAACCCUAUUGCUGAGCAGCCGAAGCGUUUAGCAAUUUGCAUUAGUUUAGUCUUCCUCGUCUAAUCUUGGAAGCUUUUAAAGUUGUGCUGCGAUUGUCCCCGUCUUUUUUUUUCGAGAGAGGUAUAAUUUUUAAAAUCUUUCUACUUUUUAAUUUCCUUGACUGUUUUCAGUUUCUCAAACGUUGUAACUUUGUAAAGAAAAAAAGCUGUUUAGAACUAUGUCCGAUAGUGGAAUCUAUAUUUUUGUUUUGAUUCUUUGAUUUUUUCAAUUUACAAAAAUUGUGUGUAGGAGUCAUCAUCGAGAUAGAUGGAGACAAAAGUUGACACGACGAUUACUUGGAAGAUAAAAAGUUUUUCUUCUUUGCAAUCAGCAUCAGUUUAUUCUGAUCAAUUCGUUGUUGGUGGCUGUAUAUGGCGUCUUCGGGUCUAUCCCAAGGGAAAUAACAAGGCUGGUUAUUUGUCUCUGUAUCUAGACGUUCCUAAUAAAGAAUCAUUGCCUAUUGGAUGGAGAAGACAUGCUAAAUUAUCUUUAAGUUUAGUAAAUCAAUUUUCGGGAAAACUCUCUCUACUAAAAGACACUCAACACUGGUUUGAUCAAAAGGUUCCUGACUGGGGCUAUUCACAAAUGAUUACCCUCGCCGAACUUAACAACAAAAGGGGAUUUCUGAUGAAUGAAGAACUUAUAGUUGUUGCCAAGAUAGAGGUUCUUGAAGUUGUAGGAAAUUUAGAUGUAUCAGAAGAAUAUUCACCAGUAAUGAAAACCAUAGAUGUCAAUGGGUUUCAAGUUCUUCGUUCACAGGAAGAAUCUGUGAAGUCUUUAUUUGAAAGACAUCUAAAUAUUGCAUCAAAAUUUCGUCCAAAGAAUUCAUACCUGAAGACGGCGUACAUGAAUGUCCUCUUGAGUUUAACCCAAACGAUAUGUCAAUCUCCUCAAGAACUCUCCAAUGAUGAUCUCUCUGAUGCUGGCGCUGCAUUGGCAUAUUUGAGAGAAGCAGGGUUUGAGUUGGAUUGGUUGGAGAAGAAACUUGAUGAAGUAAAGGAAAAGAAAAAGAAAGAAGAGGCUUGUUUGGCCCGGAUACAAGAAAUCGACGAACAGCUUCAGCCAUUUAAGAAGACGUACUUAGACCUUGAAGCUCAGAUAGAUAAGGAGAAAGAAGAGUUGUUAGCAGCUAGAGCUCCUCUCUCCUUGAACGAUGACAAUGUUGUCUGAUGACUUUUGAGUUCUUGGACACUUGGAUUUCUCUUUUGCUUGUCUUUUGAUGUUUUAUCUCCCUUGAUGUGGAAAUUUCUUGAUUUAGGAUGUUGCUAUAUUUUUUUUUUCUAUAAAAUUGUGUUUCCGAUCUAUUAGCACACAUUCUC